CGAGGCCCGCCGCGACGCCAUCGCAAUUGCCCAAGUGCAAAGGUGAGUGACCGUCAAAUGGUCUGGGCGAUUUGUCCUUCGGCAUUGGUGUGUAUUUUCAGAAGCACUGGAGGGGGCCGCGCACCCGGCUUCCACGGCCGAGUACUGAACUUGACGGGUAUGGUCCGCCUGCGUGGCGUCGCCGACCUCCCCUACCAAGAGCAGGCCGACGUUCCCACUGCUGCAAUGGAGGUCGUCGUCGAGGCUGCGGAUGUGAGGAGCACGGCGACACCGGCAGAGGAUCCACCACGCGGUGCAUCGGACUCAGAAAGGGUGGCCGCUGCACCUGUGUUGCAGCGUCCUGUACGGCCACCACGCCGACAGCGACCGCGACGGGUGGCCACCCUCACAACCAUGUCGUCGCAGUGCGCCCGCAGCCUUGAACAGGGCGACGAGAUGCUCCAGGUUGGUAGAUCGUUUGGUGUCAUUUUACACGAAAGACAAAUAUUCUUUAUACUCUGUUAUCAUAAGUGA